AACUCAAAUCCAACACAAAAUAGAAAUAUUUGGAGAAUAUUUAUUGACUAGUUUAAUAACAAAAUAUUAAGAGAAAUUAUUGGAGAAACUAGAAAACCUGUAUUUAAUAAUGUUCUCUCCUUGUUUCGAAUUCGAUCACUUAAGACUUGUUUUUGAUUCAGCAAAAAGUCUCUUCAUUUCUUUAUAUAAGAAAAGGCUCGAAAUCGUAUUGACAUUAACAAUAAACAUGUGCAUGUACUUUAAGUUUUAACAAAAUUAAACGUCUUUACUUAAAGCUAAAUAAAUAAAUAAAUAAAAAAGCUCUCUUUUGAUUUCUCUCUCUUUCGACCUCCCCUCUCAUAUUCGUUGAAUCACUCUUCUGGGUUCUUUACUUUUCUUUCCCUAGAUCAAAGUCCACUUUUUCUGAGAUCUGGGUUCGGACAAAGACUCUGUCUUUCUGCAUUCUACCGUUUUUGAUUCAGCUCGAUACUAUCCAGGGUCAUGAAGGGAAGUUCUCUAUUUACAUCCACCCGUCAAAGGAAAGGCCAGUCCAUAUCAGCCGUCACUUUUCUGAUAGGGAGAUUCAUAGUGAUGAGGUCACUUGGGGGAGAAUCUCAAUGGUUGAUGCUGAGAAGCGGUUACUUGUUAAUGCUCUUGAAGAUCCUGACAACCAACAUUUUGUUCUUCUUUCAGAGAGUUGUAUACCGUUGCAUACUUUUGACUACACCUAUAGAUAUUUGCUGCACUCCAACGUCAGCUUCAUUGAGAGUUUUGUGGAUCCUGGACCACAUGGUACUGGUAGACAUAUGGAACACAUGUUACCUGAAAUUGCCAAGGAAGAUUUUAGAAAGGGUGCUCAGUGGUUCACAAUGAAGCGACAACACGCUAUUAUAGUGAUGGCUGAUGGUCUCUACUACUCAAAAUUCCGCGAGUACUGUGGUCCAGGGAUAGAGGCAGACAAGAACUGUAUUGCAGAUGAACAUUACUUGCCAACAUUCUUCAGUAUGCUUGAUCCCAUGGGGAUCUCCAACUGGUCAGUAACGUAUGUUGAUUGGUCUGAACGAAGGUGGCAUCCAAAGACUUACACAGCAAAUGAGAUAUCAUUAGAGUUCAUGAAAAAUGUCACGUCUGAGGAAAUGAGUACACACGUCACAAGUGUGGGAGAGCAUGGAGAUGAGCUGCAUUGGCCUUGUACAUGGAAUGGGAUCACACGGCCUUGUUAUCUGUUUGCAAGGAAGUUUCAUCCUGAUGCUCUUGACACAUUGGUCAACCUCUUCCCUAACUACACAAGCACAGCUUCCUGAGAGAUGAUUCUUGAGCCGAUUCUUGGACCUGAUUAUAUUCUUGGAUCUUUUAGAUACUGUAAAUUUUCUGGAAAAAAAGCUGAAAUGAUUCUUGGAAAUUGAUGUUUCUUGGUGAAACUGAAAGCCGCUUAUACGCAAUUAGAGCAGAAAGUUUUGGUUAAAAAAGAGUUUUAUUUUGCGAUUUUCA